AUGUUGUCUUGUAACUUUGCAUAUUAUUCAUGGAUCUUACUUCUAUGUAGCAAUUACAUACUUAAUUCUUUUGCCGAGGACGCAACUAUUUUGUCUGAAGAAGACUCCACGCUCUUACCUUCUGUAACAAAUGAAGACGAUAGAUUCAAGGGAUCCCCAGCUGUUGGUGUCUUGGUAGCCCUUAGUAAACCUCCAUAUGGUCUUUACUCUGGACGUCGUGAAAUAAACUUGCCCGUCGGAAAAAUCUCAUCCCUUGUGGCUUCCUUGGCUAAUACCAACCCGACAAACGGUGAACAAUUUAAACUAGAUUUUAUAGAAGGAGCACUUCACUAUCCUAUGUACUAUGACUAUCACAUUCAGAACUUUACCAAGCAACGCCUCCAUGAGACAUUAGAGCCCGGUCAAGAGACUUCCCUUUAUUACAGAUUCAAACCCGCUCCUGAAUUAGCUGGUCGAUCUUUUGACCUGUCUAUUGUUGUCUACUAUCAUGACAAUAAUGACAUUUAUUAUGCUCAUAAGUUAUUUAAUCAAACUGUUAACUUGUUUGAAAUCGAAGAAGGUGUAGACACUGAAUUGAUUUUCUUGGUUAUCUUAGUAAUUGCCUUGAGUAUAGCAAUUCUAAUUGGUAUCUGGCACUGGUUCACCUCAAUCGCUCAAAAACGACAGCCAGCCAAAAAGUCUUCAAAAGUGGUCGAAAAUGAUGGUGAAAAUACAGUCGAGAACGAAUACCUGGCACUAAUAAAAAGCAAGCCUCAAAUUAAAAAAGAUCGCUCUGACCAAAUAAUUCGUCGGCACCAGGGUAGACGCUAA